UUCACUUUUAAUUCGCGGAGAGUGACACUGAGUCAUAGAAUAGCAGUUGAGGUUUGUUUAUGUUUGAGUUUUUAAUUUUUUUGAAAAAUAUGUCCCAAAAGGACAAUAUUUUAUUUGCGGAAACGCUAAAAUUACCUAUUUGCCACAAAAAUGUAUUUGUCGAAGAAAGGUCUUUAAAAACGAUAAUAUCCGAUAAUGGAGAAACAAUGCAAAUCAAGUUAAAAGACGCAUCAGCUUAUUACUUUAAUUUCACGGAAAAAAUUGAUAAGAGAGACUUUGAAAUUAUUCGUACAAAUCAAUGUUUAGACAUAAAUUAUACAGAAUUUAAAGCAAACAUUAUAGAAAUGUUACAUCAGUUCCUAAAAGGAGACAUGUUUUUAAAGUGUGAACUGGUAGACAAAAAAUGUACCUUGACUUUUUAUACUAAAUCAAAAAUAAAAAACAUUGUGUAUUUAGCUUUAGAGCUGCAUAUAACAGAUCAAAAUGAAAUUAUUUCCGAGAUGUAUAUAGAAAUGAGCGAAGUACAAGACAUAAAUAUACAACUCCAGAAACAAUUGAGUAUAACUAAGACACAAAUUCAACAAAAAGAUACAGAAGUUCAAAAUUUAGAACUUGUGAGAAAUAGAAUUGUAUCUCAAUUUUCUAAGGACUUAUACCAAAUAGAUGAACUAUUCUCGUCCAAAUUACAUAACGUUCAGCACCAAGUCUUCAGUAAACUGUCCCUUCUCCAAAAUCAAAUGGUCGAUUUGCAUAGUAAAAUCAACAUAAUUAAAAAAGAAAAUAAAUUAAGAAAUAACAGUAGAAAUCAGAUUAUAGAAAAAGUUCAGAGAUUACAAAAAGAAAAUGACGAAAAUCAUGAAACAAUUCAAAACAUUAAAAAAGAAAAUCUAUCUCUGAAUAUAUUAAGAGUAAAUUUAGAAAGAAGUAUUGCAGAUUUAAAAAGAAACUUGGAAGAAAAUCGUGGGAUUAACAAUAAGUUAGAAUUGAAAAAUUAUGAAUUAGAACAAGAUCUAAAAAAACUUAGUAUAAUUGUAACGCAGAAAGAAUGUAAAAUAAGUGAACUUUCAAAAGAUUUAGUCCAAGCAAAUAAUAUGUUGGUUGGGUUCAAUCAGCAUUACGACUCCAAAUCACAGCAGGUUGAAGAACUUCAACAGCUGCUUACAGCAAAGGAAAAGUUACUCCAGGAAGAACAACUUCGCGCUAAUCAUAUUUUAACAUCGUUCGAAAAUUAUAAAGCUAAUUAUAAUAAAGAAAAAUUCGAGGAAAUUACAAGAAAUUUGAUGUUGUCUAAGAGAAAAAAUGAGGAAUAUCAAGAGGAUAUUCGCAAAUUAAAUAAGAUUAAUGCCUUACUGUCUCAGAGAGUUAGCCAGGGAAUUGUUGGUUAAAAAAAUAAUUAAAACAUUAUCCUAAAAUAAGAAUAAAAUUUAUUUUUUUACGUGAAUGUUACUUUAGUUUGUAUAGGAAGAA